UUGUUAGAUACGUGAAUAUGCUGUUUAUCAUCGUAAAGGAUAAUUUAAGUGGUUUUGCAGAUAUGCCACGAUAAUUUGAAAAGAGUAGGGCUAUUUAUAGUGGGCGAUGAGAGACCUUCAAUUUGCACAUAUAGGGCAGGUGAGACAGGUAAAAGUUAAUGAAAGCGAAAAUACAAUGUAGACUGAAAAUCGAAUUAAAGAUUACUGUGCAUAUUGAAGCCUGAUCCGGUAUAAACAAUAUUUAGAUGUUUCGCUAUUCAAUUAAAAUAUUGACAUCUCGAUUUGUGAAAUCAGUAGCCUACAAAUAAACCUAAAUAUAACAGUAAUUAAGCUGAUUCUAUUUUUCGUUUGUAAGAGACAAAUUUGAUGGCCUUUGAGAAGAGAGAGCAAAGAUUAUUUUUGAUAAAAUUGACUACAACUUGAUUCGUUUUUGCUUGUAAUAAAAUUUGCUCGCGUGGAGCUUAAGGACUUUGAGUAAAAUAGCCUAGUUAGAUGGUUGCAAAUCUAACAAAUAAAAAACACUUGAAUUUUUGAAUUUUUUUUCGAUAAAAAUAUUUAUUUCUUAAGCAAACAUAAAUGUUUAAAAAAAAAAAAAAAAAAAAAAAAGCAGUUGCAAGCCAGUAUACAAACUCACUGUAAUCUGCUUCGUUUUCUUGUAUGCAAAAGUUGCUGCUAUAUUGCAUUUGAUGAUAAGAUUUUGACCUGAUUUCACUUGGACCAAAUUAACUCACAUAAAGCUCAUUUGGUCUCUGACAGACACAUUAUUUACACGUGAGAAAUCUAUUCCUCUAUUCCGUCGAUUUUAUAAAGUUGACGGGAAAAAUAACCGCACGAUUGUAAGCUCUUGUUUUUAUGAGCUGUAACCUAUCCUCAAGAUCAAGACGAAUUUAUUCUUUUAUUCUAAUGGCUCAAAUAAUUAAUGAAUAUUUUUUGAGAGGAGGGCGAAUAUAUUGCUAGGCUAAUUAAAACAAUAAACAAAUUGGACUGAAUAGAAAGAUAAAAUGACACAAGAAAGCGGCUUUAUAGACUUUCAAACAUUUUUUUGUAAAUAAAAAAGAUAAUUACAAUGCUCACCCAAAUCCUUAUUUAAAUAUAUACUAAAUCUAGCCUAAUAAAUGUGAAUUUAAAAAGGCAGUGCUCGUGCAGUAAUUCAUAAAAUAAAUUAGCGAAACGAGUGUUACAGUUUAAAAGCUACAUGUACAUUAAGAGAUGCAAAAUAUCGCCUACACAAUCCAUGCUGCCUUUGAUAUCACUAUCACGACUAAUUGGAUUUAGGUUGCUAUCAAGGAGGUAAUUGUUAUCAUUCUCAAAUAUAAUUCUAGACCAUUCCUCGUAUGUAUUCGUGCAGAAAAGAAACUGUGGCAAUGAGAUUCAUUUGACGUUUGACAUCCGAAAAAUCAAAGAAUGUAAACAACUGCUUAUUCCUCCUCCCAACAGCAUCGCUCCCCCUUCCCUCGCUCUCUCCUUUCUCUCCCUUUCUCCCGCAAACACACAAGAAGAGAAAGAGACCAUUACACACACACACCUUUAUAAAGCUCUCUGACAACUUUUUAAAUAUCCCACCACUUUAGUCCACAUUCAUUUUACAAAUGUCACACACUGUACUCAAACUGUUGUUUUACGUUUUCUUAUUCAAGCAUAAAAUACAUUAUACCUGAAUUUAUGCAGUGGAGAAGGUGCAGAGUGCAAAUUAAAGCAAGUGUGUGAGUGUGUGUGUAAUAUAUAUAUAUAUAUACACACACACACACACACACACACACACAUUAAUGCUUGAUUCAAAAUACACUUGCUUCAAAUAUAUGUAUGCAAAUGUAUAAACGAGAAUAUACAACAAAAUAUAGGCGUAUAACUGUUCUGUUUUUAGGGAUUUACAUUUAAUUAUAAAUGACACAUACAGGCUUUCAGGUGCAUAAUUUGCGAUAAGAAACUAAACAAACAAACCCAUAAGACAAUUUCCAAAUCGCAGUUUUCCAACAAGACACAAAACUACAAAACUAGAGGUCAGAUGACUUACAGUGUUCAUAGACUCAAUGAUUCAACACUUAAUUCAGUUACACUUUAGAACUAUUCAAUUACACCCAUUUAUAAAAGCAUAAGCUAAAAACUACAAGAAAAAAAGAAGGCCUUACAAAAAAGUGACAAAGUGGCAAAACACCAGCUAAAAAGAAGUAAAAGGUCUAUACCAAGUGCUUUCCAAGCUCGUGUUGCCCAUCACCAUCGGUUUGAAGAGAGAGUGACAGGUCUUUGUUGGUGAAUAGAAAUCAGUGGCAUUGGAGAGAGGGAGGACUCCUCCUACCCAAUUACCCAAGCUGGGCAGGCGUUUGCUCUCUUCACAAAUAGGACACAGGAUCUCUAACACACACAGUCCCAAACCUGACUUUCAAGCAUUCGGAUCCCCAGUAGGAGAUUGGGACCAUCUGAAAAAGCAGGUUUAAAACAUCCUUCAGACUUCAGCUUUGCCUUAUAUCAUCCGGACUAUACUUUUUUUUCCCUCCUGCCUAACAAGACAUUGGAGAAGUGGACUGGUUCUCCUGACUGUUCCUGCGCCGUCCAUCAAAUUCCACCGGCUAUAUUUUGAAAUAUUGAUUGCAUUGUGUGAAUUUGUUGGUGUAGAUCCACUCGGAUGUUUUAAGGAUCCGGAAAGCUGUAUAUGGAAGUUGUGGGGUGCAAGGCGAAAGAAAGCAGUUGCACAUUGCGUCCAGCAGCCAUGCUUUUCCACGGCAUCUCUGGGGAUCAUAUUCAAGGGAUCAUGGAGGAGAUGGAAAGGAGAUCUAAAACGGAGUCUCGUCUGGCUAAAACAGUCCAGAUGAACGGACGAGAAACGACUAUGCCCUCCAUGAGCCCAGAGAAGCCCGCGCUGUGCGCCGGUUGCGGUGGUAAAAUCUCCGACAGAUACUACUUACUCGCCGUUGAUAAACAGUGGCAUUUAAGGUGUCUCAAGUGUUGUGAAUGUAAACUGGCCCUUGAAUCCGAGCUGACGUGUUUCGCGAAGGAUGGCAGCAUUUACUGCAAAGAGGAUUACUACAGGUUCUCCGUGCAGAGAUGUGCCCGCUGCCACCUCGGCAUCUCCGCCUCGGAAAUGGUGAUGCGCGCCAGGGACUCCGUGUACCAUCUGAGCUGCUUCACCUGCACCACAUGCAACAAAACACUGACCACGGGUGACCAUUUCGGCAUGAAAGACAACUUGGUUUACUGCCGGGUUCACUUUGAGACCCUUAUUCAGGGAGAGUAUCACCCUCAAUUAAACUACGCUGAAUUAGCGGCCAAAGGCGGAGGGCUCGCGCUACCUUACUUCAAUGGCACCGGCACGGUGCAGAAAGGAAGGCCGCGGAAGAGGAAGAGUCCGGCGAUGGGGAUAGAUAUCGGCUCUUACAACUCAGGUUGUAACGAGAAUGAAGCGGACCACUUGGAUCGGGAUCAGCAACCCUACCCUCCUUCCCAGAAGACCAAGCGCAUGCGAACGUCGUUUAAACACCAUCAGCUUCGCACCAUGAAGUCCUACUUUGCCAUAAACCACAACCCCGACGCCAAGGAUUUAAAACAGCUUGCCCAAAAGACAGGACUGACCAAGAGAGUUCUUCAGGUUUGGUUCCAAAACGCACGGGCCAAAUUCAGAAGGAACGUUUUGCGGCAGGAGAAUGGGGGUGUUGAUAAGGCUGACGGCACGUCACUUCCGCCGCCCUCUUCCGACAGCGGUGCUCUGACCCCACCCAGCACGGCCACCACACUAACUGACCUGACCAAUCCCUCUAUCACCGUAGUAACAUCAGUGACCUCUAGUUUGGACAGCCACGAAUCUGGGAGCCCCCCACAAACUACCUUGACAAACCUUUUCUAACACGGAUUUGCUGUUUUUGUCUUUAUCCCCCUUUAUUUUCAGAUUCUAUUUUUAUUUUCCACAAAAAAACAAAACAAAACAAAAAAAAAACCCUUUGGCGACCACAGAAAGACCUUUGGAAAUGUAAGACGAGACCUACUAAAAAUGUGUAGCAUUUGCAACCGCGUGGCAGCUGAGUUUGUAGUACUUGUCAUUGAUUUGUUUUUGUGAUCAUUUUAGAUCUGGACAGUCAUUGAGACAUUAAAUACCCGCCACAGAAAAAAAGUAUGUAUGCUAUGUUUAUUUGAGUAUAUUCCGCAGGAAAAUUUACAUUGGGAACGUUUCCCAAGUGGAUGCUGUGACCUCAAUUUAGGUCUGUUUUGUCACUGACGCUGGACUGUAAUACCAAAUAAGAGUGGUAAUUGCUUAAAACUUUACCACCUAAUUUGCCACGAUGUGUGCGAAUCAGAUCACAAUGUGGCCUGGAUCGUUUGCUGGGCCUCAACUAGUAGAACAACUGUUUUAAAUGAAGAUAUCCAACGCUCAGUGACAAUAUGGUGCCCAGUAGGAAGCGUUAUGAGUGAUUUGUGAAUGCUAAGCAGGAAGUUAAUUGGGAAAGACACACAUCACCCUGUUUUGUUCUGGUUUCCCCCCUCUUUUUUAAUGUUUUGCCACCGAACAGACCAAAAACAACAACAACAUUUACGGCUGAAGUUGGAGAUUGGUCGGGGCUCCUCGCUAGGGUGAAACAUUUCCUUGUGUGAUGACAAAUUUGUUCUGUUGUAGAACAAAGUGGUACACUAGAUCUGCUUCAUGAAGUAGAUGCUUAACUCAGUUCUACUAUGUGCCUUAUGCGACUUGGAAGAGAGUUUGUGAAAUUCAGGAGAUACAUGUUUGUUUGUUAAAUGAUUUCCAUCCUUGGAACGCCUCACUAGUUUUGUACUGUUCUGUUUUUCAUCUGAUUUUUCUGAAGAUCUUUUUAAUGGUGUAUUCUGUUACAAGGGGGCGGCGAUGUCAUAGAAGGCAGUUGUGCACUCUUUCAGAACUAGUUGGUAAAUCCGAGAAUCAUAUAUAUUGAUCUUCGUGUUAAUAGUACAGUACGUGUUCUAUCAAGAUUGUCCAUGUUUCCUUGUUUCUUGAAAAAAAGAUGGUGUAUAGAAACUAUUUCCCCUUAAAUAUUUAUGGACCAAACAGUUGUUAUAUCUUAUUAAAUUUGUGUGAAUAAAACUA